AUGGAUAUUCGCAAUUUGCUCAACACUCAGGAAGAAACUAUGGAAACUGCCAGCGUCGCUUCAUCCGAUAGCGACAAACCAUACGAAUGCACUUGGGAUGAAUGCGGUAAACGCUUUUCUCGACGUUCCGACCUUUCCAGACAUCGUCGUAUCCACACCGGAGAACGACCUUACCAUUGCGAAUGGGACGGAUGCGGCAAACAGUUUAUUCAACGCUCUGCAUUGACCGUUCACUACCGUACGCAUACCGGCGAAAGACCUCAUGUUUGCGAAUAUGAUUCAUGUGGCAAGUCAUUCAGUGAUUCGUCAUCUUUGGCCAGACACCGACGCACGCAUACUGGUAAACGCCCUUAUGUCUGUCACUACCCCGACUGCGGCAAAUCGUUCACACGUAAAACGACCUUAUCGAGACAUCAACGAUGCCAUGAUCCCCAAUGGAAAGCUUACACAAUCGCACAGUCAUUGAAUCUCACUCCCACCUCUCCUGCUACAAGCUGUGAUUCUGAAGAAGCGGAUUCACCCGUCAGUCCUCCCAUCACUCCCAACGACUGUUUCCGCUAUCGCGCUUCCCCGCCGUUGGUGGCUCCCAUCGUAUGUCGUCCCAAUCACCCUUAUACCCAUCAACAGCAGCACCAGCGAGCUUUUUCAGCCUACGUAUCUGAACCAAAGCCUCAGCCUCAUCGAUGGUCAGAGUACCCAUCAUCGCCAUAUCAAUCUAUUCCAGCAUCUGCCUGGGCGGAUCACCAUUAUUCCUAUUACUCUCACCAAUAUCCUCAAUCGUCAUUGUACCAUUCUUCAGGCAACGUCAAUUAUGGUGGAUAUCCUAUCGAAAUCAACUAG